CUCGAUUGCAUACCGAGUCACUUACCUACCUAUUCCAACAUCUGCGGUCGUUUGUAUUUCUUCUGGCGCAAAGAGACAUCGUGGGCGUACCCGUCUCGCCCUUUCACCAUCUCACCUCAAAUAUAGUCACUCGAAAGAGUGCUGGCAUGCGGUACCCUCAUCCAUUAUCUGGUUGGAGCUGAGCCGGUCGUCAUUGUGUCGUUGGAUCGCUACAAUGUCUCGGCCACAGAUCGGUAUAGACCGCCUUCCAGUGCGACGCUCUAGCCAUGAACCGAAGGAAGCCAUGAACUGCAAAAGUUGUCGCAAGAGAAAGAUCAAGUGUAACCGUCUGCGACCUUCUUGUGAAGCUUGCCAAGUCUUCAACUGUGACUGCAUCUAUGACGCGGUACCGAAAAAAAGAGGCCCCAAAACCGACGUACUCGAAGCACUUCUGAAACGCGUGAACGGAUUGGAGAAGAGGUUGAAAGAUGAAGGGAAAGAGCCGGACGACGACGGCGCACAAGACACAGCGAUAAUUGCGGAAAGCGUGAGAGAUGCGGUGGACAACAAGCCUUCAAAGAAUGCUCUUACUCCACCAGAUGCUCUUCCACAGCCAGCCGAACCACGGCCAGCGCAGCAGCAGCGACCGCAAGCCCCACAGCGCCAUCCUAGCAUAGGCUUCCCAGAACAAUUUGUGCGCCAACAAGCGCCGUCUGCCCUUCAGAACAACACUCUGCUCGACGCAUACUUUACACGGAUCCAUAGCAAGCCGUACUAUAUCCUUGACGAAGCUGCAACUCGUCAAAGAUGGCAGACCGGACAGUUGCCCCCAAGCGUCAUCAAUGCCAUCCAUGCCGUGACUGCUCGGUUUUCCCCACAGCAUCUUGGUGGCCACAAUGCUGCCGUUCGUCAUAGCGAGGAAUGCGCGGUACGAGCGCGAAAUCUGACCGACAUUGACGAUCCGACUAUUGAGAAUGUCCAAGUGUUGUUGCUGCUCUCCAAUGCUUUCUUCCAAGCCGGCAAGGGCAAAAAGUCGUAUAUGCUUUUGACUAGUGCUAUCAGUAUGGCAUAUGCGCUAAGCUUGCAUCGAGAACUACCAGCCGGUCUCCGCAUAUCACCCAACGAGCGAGAGGGACGUCGCAAACUUUUCUGGACCUGCUAUGUAAUGGAUCGCUUCCUCGCCUCUGGAUCCAAGCGACCCUCUCUUAUCGCGGAUGAAGCCAUAUUUCUACGGCUACCUGGUUGGCAAUCCGAUUCCACCUCGAUACCAUAUGAGGGUAAUUUUUUCUCCAACGGGAUAAAUCUACCCAUGUCUUCCGGACCGGGAAGACUGCAACAGAGUGGUGGAUCAAUGUUGAUCGAAAUAUCGAGAAUACUAGGCAUCACAAAUCGCUACCUUGCUGCAGGCGGCGUCAAAGGCGACUCACACUUCCCCUGGCAUGCUCAGUCCAAUCUUUCCAAGAUUCGACAAGAUCUCGAUACAUGGGCUGCCGGAGCACAAGAUGCUUUCCUCUCAAUCGAAACACUGUUCGGCCAGACAGAGAGUCAAACUCUAGUAUUGAGCAAGCUAGUGUAUCAUCUGAUACAUUGUUUGAUUUAUCGACCUUUCCUACCCAUCGACCUGACCGAGCUUUCUGGAACUGGACAGCACCAAUCUUGGCAGAUCGAAGCGACAAAUCUCUGUUUCUUGCACGCGAAUGCCAUUUCAGAAUUGACAGAAAUCGGCAAACAUUCGUCUAUCACUGAUUGGCCCGCCUAUGUUGGUUACUGUCUUUGCACUGCUGGCACCAUCCAUGUACAUGGCGCACAUUAUCCCAGCCGAGAGGGCGAUGUUUUCACCCGAAGUGCUGAGUUUCUUUCAAAAGAGAUGUCUCAACUGUCUGAAAUGCGUGUUGUCUGGGCUGGAGUUCAACAUCAACGAGAGACGUUACAGACAGUAUAUGGCUGCCAUUCUCAGCUAGUGAAGUCGCUUGCUACCAAUCCUAUGCGCUUCUCGCCCGUGUUCCAGAUGGAGGAUUUCUUCGAUCGCUAUCCUGGACAGUUCAUUGACGGAGCACACAUCACGUUUACGGACAUUACUGUGGAAGCUCUGCACGAAAGCUUACCAGCAUAUAAUGCUUUCAACAACAGUAAUGACACCAAUUGGCAAUGGCCUCAGCCUCAGAAUGGCACUUCUAUCUCCGCUUCUGCCACAGCGACGACUAAAUCUCACAACAACAUGAACAACGACCGUCAUGUUUCUACGUCAAGUCGCAAACGUCGUCGCACAAAUGAUGCCACGAGUCCUUCGGAUCUCUCGGCAGUCAUCAACGAUCCGGCCCUCAAUCCUCUUUCACCGCAAUUGGACUUUGCAAACCCGUUAACAUCGCCAACAACUAAUCACCUGCCACACUCCACAAUCGUGGAUGAAAACCAGACGUUUUCACAGAAUCCGCUUUCUCCCUCCUUUUCCUUCUCGCCGUGGCAAUCUCAUCUCUCUCUACCCUCCGACCCUAAUCUCAACGCCGCACAAUUUGACAACUUGUUCAGUAUACCAGGGCAAAAUCAUGCCGCAAUGUUUGAUCAACAAACGCCAGGAGGAAUGUCUGCGAACGGAAGUGUAAAUACAGAAGGAGAUAAAGAUCCAUUCAUGAGCUUGUUGGAGCAAUUGGCAGAGAAUGAACAAACCGGUCACGGUGGACCUAGCGAUCUGGACUUCUUCCUGUCUUCGAAUGGUGGUCAGGGGUAAUGCGAGGGUGGGACAUACCCGACAGAGACUUGUAUGUAUAGUAGAAUCUUGAGUUUCUUGCAAAGCGGCGUUUCAGCGAAGAACAGAUUAUGUGGGUUAUCAAACCAUUUCACGAUAUGAGAGAAGAGAUAAGCUACGAGAUUCUGGUACCUGUACAUAAUGGAAAUAAUUUGGGCCGAUACGCGGCAAAACCAUGCCGUCUUGAUGUAUCCCUUUCCAAAUCAGUGUACUGUAGAUGAAACCUGUCUU